CCCAAUGCUGUUGGGUUUUUUUUCCCUGUUUUGUCAUUACAGAGUACAGUCACGCACUGCACUGGUUUGGUGAACCUCAACCAUGUCUAUGGCGGUUUCAGUUUCAUCUUCCGAGCAAAGUGAUUGGGGCCAAAGGGUAUCGGAAAAGGUUCUUUCUUUCUACGCUUCUCUUCCCAAAAAGGGCAAACCUCAAGGCCGUGAAAUCACUGUUCUGGCUGCUUUCCUUCUCUCUUCUCCUUCUAAUGACUUAAGGGUUGUUGCAAUUGGAACGGGAACAAAGUGCAUUGGGCGUUCUCUCUUGCGAACUUGUGGUGAUGUUGUUCAUGAUUCGCAUGCUGAAGUCAUUGCUAGAAGAGCUUUGAUGAGGUUCUUCUAUACACAGAUUCAACAUCUUACUGAAACCAGUGGUAACCACGGACCUACCAAUGGAGGCAAACGGUUUAAAUUUGAUGAUGGUAACUUGCCAUUUGAGUUGGAUACAGGGUGUCUUAAUAAAGGGAAAUAUACUUUGAGGAAGGAUUGGAAAUUACAUAUGUACAUAUCACAGUUACCAUGUGGAGAUGCUUCACUCAGUUCGGUUGUCUCUCCUUUGGAAACUGUUCUUUUAGGAGAAAGAGAUUCAGCUUCACCUUUGGACAACGGUUUAAGCCAACCCGGGAUGGUCCAGAGGAAGCCGGGUCGUGGUGAUACAACGCUGUCAGUUAGUUGCUCUGACAAGAUAGCCCGUUGGAAUGUUGUUGGUGUUCAAGGAGCUUUGCUUUCCUACUUUAUUCAACCUGUAUAUCUUUCUUCAAUCACUGUUGGUCUUCCCAUUAACAGUCCCGGGAAUUUUUAUUUGGAGGAUAACAUGAAAAGAGCCUUGUAUGAACGGAUCCUGCCCUUAUCGAGUAAACUGAAGGCACCAUUUCUGGUGAACCAGCCGAUAUUUCACGCUGCACCAGUACCACCAAAGGACUUUCAGCAAUCUGAGAGUGCAGCCGACACUUUAACAUGCGGAUAUUCUAUAUGCUGGAAUGAAUGUGGGUUGCACGAAGUCAUACUGGGAACCACUGGAAGAAAGCAAGGCACCUCUGCAAAAGGGGCACUCUACCCAUCCACGCAGUCAUCUUUGUGCAAACAGAGGCUGCUAGAGGUUUUCUUGCCACUGAGAAGGGAAAAAUUGAGCAGUUCUCUGGUCAAUGGGAUUACCUACCGAGAACUUAAGGAUGGAGCUGAAGAAUAUAAUCUGGCUUCCAAAAUUUUCAAAGGGAAGCCACCUUUUAACAGGUGGUUCUUGAAACCCUUAGAUUGUGAGGCAUUCCCCGUUUCAGAAUAAUAGAGUCCUUCUUUGGUUUUGUCAUCCAACUUCUGUAAUCUGAGAAUGUAGCUCAAUUGGACAUGGUUGCACAUUCCAAGAGACAGAGGGGUAGAAUAGUAGAAUAGAAGCUUCAUAAAU